CUGAACCUUCGCUCGUGAGACAUCGGACCGACGCACUCCGAUUGUUGCGAAAUGAAGGGGGUCUUCCUGUUAUUCCUCCUAAUUAGUGGAGCAGUUGCUGCAUCCCUAGAUGUGCUAGAAAAUGAGGUUCGAGAUUUAGAUUCGGGCUCUGCUUCCGGUUCUGGCUCCGGCUCCGGCUCAGAAUCUGGCUCUGGCUCUGGAUCCGGUUCUGGCUCCGGCUCCGGCUCAGAAUCUGGCUCUGGCUCUGGAUCCGGUUCUGGUUCCGGCUCAGGAUCUGGCUCCGGUUCCGGCUCAGGAUCUGGCUCCGGUUCCGAAUCUGGCUCUGGCUCUGGAUCCGGUUCUGGUUCCGGCUCAGGUUCUGGCUCCGGUUCCGGCUCAGGAUCUGGCUCCGGUUCCGGCUCAGGUUCUGGCUCCGGUUCCGAAUCUGGCUCUGGCUCUGGAUCCGGUUCUGGUUCCGGCUCAGGUUCUGGCUCCGGUUCCGGCUCAGGUUCUGGAUCCGGUUCCGGCUCUGGCUCAGGUUCUGGCUCUGGAUCCGGCUCCGGCUCAGGUUCUGGCUCCAGCUCUCCUUCCCCUCCUGACGACCCUACCACCCUCCCUUCCCCUCCUGACGACCCUACCACGUCUCCCUCCCCCCCUGACGACCCUACCACCCUCCCUUCCCCUCCUGACGACCCUACCACCCUCCCUUCCCCUCCUGACGACCCUACCACCCUCCCUUCCCCCCCUGACGACCCUACCACCCUCCCUUCCCCCCCUGACGACCCUACCACCCUCCCUUCCCCUCCUGACGACCUUACCACCCCUUCUAGCUCCUGUGAUAAACCCGAUCCCGAAACUUGCGCCGAUCACAAAAUGAAUCCUGUUCCUUUGUGUUGCCAAGAUGAAAACAAUAUUUGCCAAAAUCAAUACUUUGGAACAUGCAAGCUGGCGUGGCAAGACAAGUGUAAAUGCGACGCCAUCCUGAGCAAUGUCUGCAGUGGAGAAGGCUGUAGCUGUUGCGUAGACUGCAGUCGUGACACCCAUAACCAAUGCACAUACAGCGGUGGUUUCUGUAGGAAAAAUUGUGGGAAAUUCGCCUAUCCUAUUGAUAAGCUGUGCGGCAACAAUGAACACUGCAGCUGCUGCAAAAAGUGUGACGAAAGCAUUUGCAAGCAACGAUACCCUAACUCGUGCACCGUUAGUGAUGAAUCCUUCUGCUCGAACGGACAUUAUUACGUGAAGGAGGCAAAUGAGAGCUGCGGCUGCUGUGUUCCCUGUUCUGCCGGCGAUACUUGUGUGUCACGGGGAGGUUAUCCUGAGAGAAAUGGGUUCCUAUGCUGGUCGGGUUAUUAUACGGAGACUGCGGGAAGCUUCUGUAAAUGCUGUCUUCCGGAAAUACCAAGUGAAUGCAAUUGGAAUGCUUCAGGACAGGUGUUUGCUGACACCGAUUAUUGCCGGGAUGGAAACUGUUUCGCGCACUUUGAGCAAAGGAAUCACAGCAAAACUCCCAGCGGAAGGGAUUGCAACUGUUGUUAUGCAGGGCUUUGCCGGCGCUGCUCCGCCGACCCCGUAUGCGUCGAAGGAAGCGGCUGCUGCACCACGAGAGGAACCUGCCCUUGCGCGGACUACGUUAACACUGACGAGUGUGAAAGCAACGAUGAUGUGCCUUGCCGUUGCUGCAAACACAGAUAUCAAUCUUGCUUCAUACCUUUCUGUGUAUACUUCAAUGUAACAAAGAGUAGUGAAAACAAGGCCUUAACCAUGAGUCCAGAAGGUUCUAACAACAUUAAUGAUUGUCUGUACGUCUUAACUAUCAUGGCUCAUGUGUUUAGGGUAUCAGAGGGUUCUGGCUGGCCGAAGGAAAGUGGCAGGGUGUACAAACACUCUGUAACUGACUUGAACAUGACCAUAUCACAAAGGAUCAGCUAUCAGUGUGACCCAGAACACACCGUUCAUGCAGGCAAUGCCCUAGUAAUAGCAAUAUCACAGUCACGGAGGCGCUUGCCCAGCACCUCUAGCCUUUUAGACUAA